GCGGAGAGAGCCGGAGCGCCGCGUGAAAGCGCAGCAGUCGGCGCGUCCCAAUCAGCAGCAGCAGCAGUCCGGAGCGGCGCCCGCAGGAGGACUCACCGCCGCGCCAAGGCCUCCCUCGGCUCCUUCCCGGUAGUCGCAGCCCGGCCUGGCGAGACUAUGGGGAAGGUGCAGCUUUUCGAGAUCCACUUGGGCGACAGCCGCGUCGUCUACAGCCCCGGAGAGCCCUUGAGUGGCGUCGUCACCGUCCGCGUGAGUGGCUCUCUCCAGUACCGCGCCAUCAAGGUGCUCUGCACGGGCUCCUGUGGGGUGUCAAGCAAGAUGAAUGACACAGCGUGGACAGUGGAGGAGCAGUACUUCAACAUCACCCUGACCGUGGCAGAUAAAGGGUUCCUGUCUCCCGGCGAGCACACCUUUCCCUUCCAGUUUAUGUUGCCAGCUUCGGCUCCCACGUCCUUCGAAGGGCCCUUUGGGAAGGUCACGCACCAGAUCAAAGCAGUGAUAGACACCCCGAGAUUUGCCAAGGGCCACAAGUGCCACAAGGUCUUCUACGUCCUUUGCCCGCUGAACCUGAACGAUAUCCCUGAGAUUGAGCACCCGAACAUUGCAUCAGUCACUAAGAAGUUCAACUACAAGUUUGUGAAAACUGGCAACGUGGUUCUGACGGCAACGACGGAUCAAAAGGGCUAUGUGGUAGGGCAGGUCAUCCACCUGCAAACAGAGAUUGAGAAUAAAUCUGGCCGUGACACGAGCACCAUUGUGGCCAGUCUGAUCCAGAAAGUUGCCUAUAAAGCCAAGCGGUGGAUUUAUGACCUGAGGACCAUUGCGGAGGUGGAAGGCUCAGCCGUCAAGGGCUGGAAACAUGCCGAGUGGAAGGAGCAGGUCCUUGUCCCGGCGCUGCCGCAGUCCCUUCUGCAAGGCUGUAGUCUCAUUCACAUUGAUUACUACAUCCAGGUUGCCCUGAAGUCUCCAGCAGUUUCCAUCACCCUCCCCAUUUAUAUCGGCAACAUUUCUGUGAACAGAAUUUCUUUAAACCCGUCCAUGUUGACCGCCCACAUUGUGAUUCCGAGCGCCCCCCCAGAAGACGACGAGGCUGCCGGUGGCUACCACCCCCUGGACAGUGUUUCAAUUCCCACCAAAAGCCACUCUCAACACCAGCCCUUCAGCUAUGCACCGGGCUUAAGCUUCAGUGACGCAAGGCAGGGCUCCGACCAGACGGGCUCCCCCAACCAUCCCACGCUUUGCCUGUCGACAGGGGCGACCGUCCCUUAUUUCGCUGAGGGCACAGUUGUCCCGGUCCCCACCGCCAGCGCCCUGAUCUUGCCUCCAGAGUACAGCACUUGGGGAUACCCGUACGAGGCACCCCCUUCCUACGAACAAAGUUGCAGCAGUGCUAACUCCAGUCUGAGCAACGGCAAUUAGACUCUGGCUAAGAAUCCGUCCGGCUUGACACCGGGUGGGGGAGGACAGCGCACACGCAUUGCCCAGGAGGGCGGUUUCUGCCAAGACGCCAGGCUGCCACUUGCCUGCUCCGUGGAGAAUGCCUUGCGUGACGGUCUCUGUCCUCGUACUGUACAGUUCACCAUCUUCCUUGCUGCUUUUACUAUCUGAGCACCUGUGAUGCCUUAACUGAAACGCUACCAAGAUGUCUUGUAUGAAUGGAGUGUGGAUCGUGGGUGUAUGUCUGUGUAUAUAUCUAUAUAUGUGUGUGUGUAAAUUUUUGAGUGCCACUCUUUAUCAGCCGCGUGCAAACUGGAACGCAUAUGGCGAGGUCUGAUUUUUUUAAAAAAAAAAACUUUUAAAAGUGGACGAAUAUGUUUUUGUUAAUCUCCCUUUUCCUCUGCGUGCCCAUCGAAACAGCCAAGGUUGCCCCAAAACGGCAGGUCAUUCUAUAGGGAGCAGCAGCAGCAGUUCAGCAAGGGUACCGCUGGUUCAGAUUCCCACGGCAUGAAGCAAGUACGGGAUUUCUCGUGCAGGGAGGGGGGAAAUAUUGAAUUGACAAGGGCGUUGCCUGAAUAUCUUUUUAAGUCACACGACGGUCUGCCACACAGCUUGCAGCAGAGCGAUCCUUCUCUGAAAGGAGGUCGAAGGAUCAGCAGUUUAGGAAGAUGGGUAUUAACUUUUUUUAUAUAGCACUGAGACAGUGCGGCGCAGUCUCUUUCUUCAUGCCCAAGGCUGCUUGCCGUUUGGUGGCCCAGGUCAGCUUCAAAAUGCCUCUCUGGGCCUUCCUUCUAAGUGCCUGGGGAAGCCGCUCUUUACCACCUCUCCCACUGAAAUCACUGCAGCUUCGAACAGGCCGGGGACUGCCAACAAUCAAGGUUCCGCCCCAAUUCUACCUCUGAUUUAUCUCCCAAGGAGUAAAGCUGGACACGUACUGGGAGGAGACUUUGUUUUUUAAAAAAGAAAGAAAAAAGGCAUCCUUUUGUAAAACAGACGUCAUCAUUUCCUCUUGCACCAAGACCCAUGUGCCUCGCCAGACACAAAAGACCCCCAAAUACGCUCUGUGUUGUGUGCAGUGCCCUCGCCGUGCCGAGUGCUCUUGCUGUUUACAUCCCUGGUGAUUUCUGGUUGAGAGGGAAUGGCUGGCCAGUGCCUUUUCCAAGAGGCUUGCGAUCUGGCCGCUUCCCAGAAGAGCGCCUUCCAAAGUGAGCUGGCGGUUUCCAGAGGCAAGCCAUGUCCUGGGGCCCAAAGUCAAUUCCAAGGCUUGCUUCUGAUCUUAGCUGGCUGGCUUCAGCGCUGCCCGCUCCCAUCAGAAGCUGUUCUAGCGAUGCUGUCAGCCUGAUUUUGUAAUUGGAACUCCAGCCAUGGCAUUCGGCCUUCAACGAACAGCUUGUGUGUAUGUGGGGUGGUGGUGGUGGUGGUGGUGGUGGUAAAACUGGAUUGGUGCCACGGUGCCGGGCAAGUGGAUUAACUCUUCUUUCUCCUCACACACGCACGCACAUUCAGUUCUGUUGGUUGCCUUGAUGCCUUGAUAGGGGAGCAAUGGACAAGUACCCAUGACGACUUUCUGGGGGCAAAUGUAGCGCCAGGAUUUCUGAUCCUGGGGUUCCAGUCCGGUGUGAUUUGGCCCUGUGAAUGAAAGCCCUUCUUUUCGGCUUGCCGAUCUCCUGCCUUCAACCCCCCCUUCUUCCGCUUUGCCAACACAGACACAAAUCCUGACACUUUCACUGCACCGACUGUUUAUAGA